CAACUCCCUUCUUCUCUCUCAUCUUGCAGAAACAUCCCGGCCAGUCCUGCCAGCUCUUAUCGUGAGCACUUGCAUCUUCGUGAUUAUUGGGACUGCCUUCCUUAUUAACUUACGGACCCUGAAAUGGUUUAAGAAGAUCCUGAAGAUUCACAUCCCAGACCCCGAAAAGUUCUUUCCCCCACUCGUUUCGGUUCAUGGAGGUGACAUUCAGAAAUGGCUCUCCUCCCCAUUCUCUACAUCUUCCUACUGUGUGAACAGCACAACCCCGGAGAUCUCCGUGCUUGAGGUGAUGCAGAAGAGUGACCAGGAAUCCCAGUUUCUACUUUCCAAGGGACCCCUGACUCCUGAUCCUCCCUUAGAAACCAGUGGGCACUCUGCAUCCAGCUGCUUCACCAACCAAGGCUACUUCUUCUUCCACCUUCCCAACUCCUUUGAGAUUGAGCCCUGUCAGGUCUACUUCACCUAUGAGCCUUUCACCCAGGAAGGCAGCAGCGGCGAGGAUGGCGAGUCUUACCAUGCUCUCCCCUCCCCAGACCUCUGCACGCUGGCAGAGGACAUGCCCGUGUUGUCCCACAACUUCCUUCACUGUAUCAAGGAGACCCGGGGCUUCCAAAACAGCUCCUUCAUGGAAGAGACAGAAGGUGAAGCUCAGCAGGCCAUGGCUAUUUCUGGGGCUCUCCAGUCUAGUGAAGGCACCUCACCAACACCCAUUCUGAAACAGGAUGAGAAGGUGAUGGACAAAGCAGCUUUACAACCUGCUGAGGCCAUGUGCCAGCUGGACACUGACUUUCCUGACCCACCGGACCUGCAUGACAGCGAUGCUAUCAAUGGAGCGGUGGGGAGUGGGAAUGCAGGCCCUCUGAUUGACCCCUGUACACCAGCAGAACAUGUUAUCUCAUCUUUCUCUCAGCCUCCACUUCUAAGGCAAAGCCAGGAUGAGGAUCCAUGCAGAGCAGCCUUCUCCAGCCAGGUCCCAAACACUGGUGCCUACCUUUCUCUGAGGGACCUGCAAAGCCAGUACAGCCAUUGCUCCAUCUAG